ACUUAAAGCCCAGAGAGGAGUGUGAUUUGCCUAAGGUCACACAGCAAGUUAGAGAUCCUGUUCCACCAUUUACUGUCUUGACUUUGCCUCUCUCGUCCUCCUGCCCCACCUCCAGCUCCACGGCCUCCCAGCCCGUUGCAUGGCUAUGGAUGGAAAAGUGGCAGCCCAUGAGGAUGGGGCUCCUGUGGUCUCCUGGGUCCCUGAGGAGGGAGAGAAGUUGGACCAGGAAGGCGAGGACCAGGGGAAGGAUCGGGGCCAAUGGACCAACAAGAUGGAAUUUGUGCUCUCGGUGGCCGGGGAGAUCAUUGGGCUGGGCAAUGUCUGGAGGUUUCCCUAUCUCUGCUACAAAAAUGGAGGUGGAGCCUUCUUUAUCCCCUAUUUCAUUUUCUUCUUCUCCUGCGGCAUCCCAGUGUUCUUCUUGGAGGUGGCACUGGGCCAGUACACCAGCCAAGGGAGUGUCACAGCCUGGAGGAAGAUCUGCCCCCUCUUCCAAGGCAUUGGUCUGGCAUCUGUGGUCAUUGAGUCCUACCUGAAUGUCUACUACAUCAUUAUCCUUGCCUGGGCUCUUUUCUACCUAUUCAGCUCCUUCACCUCUGAACUGCCCUGGACAACCUGCGCCAAUUCCUGGAACACAGAGCACUGCAUGGACUUUCUGAACCACUCAGAAGCCAGCACAACAGUGUCGUCCUCUGAAAACUUCACCUCACCUGUCAUGGAAUUCUGGGAGAGACGGGUCCUGGGCAUCACCUCGGGCAUCCAUGACCUGGGGGCCCUGCGCUGGGAGCUGGCUCUGUGCCUCCUGCUUGCCUGGAUCAUCUGCUACUUCUGCAUCUGGAAGGGGGUCAAGUCCACAGGCAAGGUUGUUUAUUUCACAGCCACGUUUCCCUACCUGAUGUUGAUUAUCUUACUGAUCCGAGGCAUCACCCUUCCUGGAGCCUACAAGGGCAUUGUCUAUUAUCUGAAGCCAGAUUUGUUUCGCCUCAAGGACCCCCAGGUGUGGAUGGACGCAGGCACCCAGAUCUUCUUCUCCUUUGCCAUCUGCCAGGGGUGUCUGACAGCCCUGGGCAGUUACAACAAGUACCACAACAACUGCUACAGGGACUGCAUCGCCCUCUGCUUCCUCAACAGUGCCACCAGCUUUGUGGCCGGGUUUGUCGUCUUCUCCAUCCUGGGCUUCAUGUCUCAGGAACAAGGGAUGCCCAUUUCUGAAGUGGCCGAGUCAGGUCCUGGUCUGGCCUUCAUCGCAUUUCCCAAAGCUGUAACUAUGAUGCCCUUAUCCCAGCUCUGGUCCUGCCUUUUCUUCAUCAUGCUCAUAUUCCUAGGGCUGGACAGCCAGUUUGUCUGUGUGGAGUGCCUGGUGACGGCCUCCAUAGACAUGUUCCCCAGGCAGCUGCGGAAGAGCAGACGGCGUGAGUUCCUCAUCCUCGCCAUCGCGGUGGUGUGUUACCUGAUAGGGCUCUUCCUGGUCACUGAGGGUGGGAUGUACAUCUUCCAGCUGUUUGAUUAUUAUGCAUCCAGUGGCAUAUGCCUGCUCUUCCUGGCAGUGUUUGAAGUUAUCUGCAUCAGCUGGGUAUAUGGGGCAGACCGUUUCUAUGACAACAUUGAGGACAUGAUUGGCUACCGGCCAUGGCCACUGGUGAAGAUCUCCUGGCUCUUCGUGACUCCUGGACUUUGCCUGGCCACUUUCCUCUUCUCCUUGAGCAAGUACACACCUCUCAAAUACAAUAAUAUCUACGUGUACCCUCCCUGGGGAUACUCCAUUGGUUGGUUCUUGGCUCUCUCUUCCAUGAUAUGUGUCCCACUCUUCAUCAUCAUCACCCUCCUGAAGACCCGUGGUUCUUUCAAGAAGCGCUUGCAACAGCUCAUUGCCCCUGACCCCAGCCUGCCACAGCCCAAGCAACAUCUACAUCUGGAUGGUAGCGCCAGCCAGGACUGUGAGCCCUCCUCAACCAAGGAGGGUCUAAUAGCUGGAGAGAAGGAGACCCACUUGUAGGAUGUGGCCAGAGG